AUGUGGCGAGCCGAGGAGAUCGAGGACGAGGAGACCCUAACCGCGCUCCUGGAGGCCGCCAGGACCCGGGAGGGCCGGGCGGCGCUCUCCGACGCGCUCAGCGACACCCUCUGCCUCCUCCCGGCCUCCCCGGUGCCGCUGCUCCUCCUGCGCCUCCGCCUCGUCCGCAACCUCCUCGCGGGCGACUCCAACAACCAGCGCACCUUCGUGCUCCUCUCGGGCCCCGCCGCGGUCGCCUCCUCCGUGCUCGCCCUCCCCUCCCUCGCCCCCGACGUCGCGCGCGCCGCGCUCCAGGCGCUCGGCAACGCCGCGCUCGGCGGGGACCGGAACCGCGAGGCCGUCUGGGACGCGCUCUUCCCGGGGCCGCUGCGGGAGCUCGCCGGGGUCCCGGACGCGGGGGUCGUGGACCCGCUCUGCAUGGUGCUCGACACCUGCUGCUCCGGCGAGGCCGGCCGUGGGAGGCUCCAGGAGCUCUGCCAUCAGGACGUGGGGCUGCCGAUACUCGUCCAACUCGUCACUACCGCCUCGCGAGUGGGGCAUAAGGAAGAAUGGUUGGAGUGGCUUCUCGUCAAAAUCUGUGUUGAAGAGGAGAUGUUUGAAACCUUGUUUACAGCCUUAGGUUCAACUGAUGGUGGUGAAUCUGGAAACGGGUUUACUGCUAAGCAUGCAUUUCUUCUGGGUACGUUGUCAAAAUGUUUGACCGAACGACCUGAAGAAGUUAUUGUCUCGAACAGUUUUGCACUUCACGUCCUGAAUGUACAGAAGUAUGCUGCUGAGGCUGUGGAUUUUACUUGCCGGGGUAGCUCUUCUCUUCCAACUGGUUGCCCUGAAAUCGAUGUCCUUGGAUAUUCGUUGCUGCUCUUGAAGGACAUAUGUGCCUGGGAACCCGCUUCAUCACAGAGUGAAGCUCCUGUUGACUCACUGUUGCAAACUGGUCUUGUAAAACAACUUCUAAAGUACCUACGUGAUCUUGAGCUCCCAAGUACAAUCAGAAAAGCGAUUGCAAAGGAACAAGGAGAUCAACAACCAGCCCUUGCAAGUGCAAAGGUCUGCCCAUACAAUGGUUACAGGAGAGAUAUAGUCGCUAUCAUUGCCAAUUGCUUGCAUGGAAGGAAACAGGUGCAGGAUGAGGUUAGGCAGCUAGAUGGGAUUAUGUUACUAUUGCAGCAGUGCGUCAUUGAUGAAGGAAAUGCAUACUUGAGGGAGUGGGGUCUGCUAGCUGUGAAGAACUUGCUUGAAGGAAAUGAGGAAAACCAGAAGGAGGUCUCUGAACUUCAGAUGCAACAACCAAUCUUAACUCCAGAGAUUGCAGAUAUAGGCCUAAGAGUGGAGAUCGACAAGAAAACAGGACAUCCAAAACUGGUCAAUUCCUCCUGAUGU